AUGGACAUAAUGCAUGCUUUGGAUGCCUUGCGAAACGCACCAGAUGAUCUUCUUUACGCCCAUGGCAAAGAAGCUAUCUUGAUGGUUAGGGAAGUGGAACGUCGACUGCAAAGAGUGGUUGGCCCAGACAUAUUUGUACCGACAAGAAGCUUGAAAUGCCAUUCCUGCCGGAGGAAUUUGGUCAACAAUGAGGAUAUCCCAAGUUCAGAGGUUUCGAUAUUUGGACCCUCAAGAGGAAACCACAGUGUCUCUCCCACGGACAAUCGAGCUCAGAUUGCUAUAGAUCCUCAAAAAUCUCAGCAUAAGGGUUCAACUAGUGGCGCCGACGAAGCCCAGAGUUCCAUACUCUUUGCUUCAUUGAUGACGGAGAUUACUUGGAUAUGGAAAUUUGUCCGGAAGACACCGGGUGAAGUCAUCAAAGCUCGUCGGGAACAGAGACCAUCGGACAUACGAUUUAACGACAUUCAGCGGGUUGAAGGCAAUCCAAAUCCGACAAACGAGGAUAGGCUUUUCCGAGGUGUCGCACAACGAUCCUUAGCCCUUCAAUUUUUGAAGUUUGAGAGUCAAUUGUUAGCGAACCGGACAUGUCGACGACAGGGAUUGAUUCCUACAUUUGUAAGAAAUCACCUUUAUGUGACGAACCCGAAGUUCGCGCAACAAUGCAUACAAGCUGGUCAAAAACAAUUACGUGUCGAAGAAGCCCUUCGAAGCGCAAUGGGCCAGAAAGAGGACCCGAGGGCUGGAACGGGGAUAUCUGCUCUGACGGCCUUGACCAUCACCCCGUUCAAAUACCUUCGACUCAUGCAGAUACCAUCUUUCAUCGGGCAUCUCUUGUUGGACUCAGCAAAGGUCGAUUUGCCACCUCGUGAAUCGGUUGAGGGCUCAGGUGGACCCGUCACGAUAAGAGUCCACAUACUGGAUGUCCUGGAGCACAUAUCAAAAUGGUUUAAUGAUUUCCAGAAGUGCUACGAUGAAGGAAUAGAUAUUUCUUCCGCCCGACAGCUAGACCACCCAAUCUUACAAGAGGUAGACAAGGCAAGGGAUUUGAACGGCGAGGCCGGUUAGUUAGUUCACUUAUAAAGACGAAGGCAGAAGGAACGAAGGCAGCAUUUCCUAAUACAGUUGAAACAGGCAACUUGCCAUCAACCCACAACGCCAACCCGUCAGACGGGGAAGGUCACCCCGGAAGCGUCCACCAAGGCGCCAAUGGCAUUCAUAUGUCCACAGCAGCUGAUUAUGAUAGAGUGCCUGAGGAUGGCUCCUCAUCAGAUUCGCCAUUAGUCUCCGAAACGGUGGGUGUACAACGAUUUCGAACGCCUCGCUCAGAACAGGUGAAUAAUAGCACAGGAACCUACAUUGUUGAUAGAACUUUCCGAUUUGGAUCUUCAAAUAGGUUCCUUGGGGGACCUUUGGCCGCUUCCGGCAGAAGGCGUGAGAGAAAGGGGAAAAGGAAAAGGAACCAGAGUAAGCACAGUAAGUUAAUCGUUGAUUGGAAGUCUGCGCAGCUAGUUGACAGAAUGAAACCAGGUGGCAAUGAAAACCACGUGCAAGCCUCUCUUCAUUCGACAAUAAUAGGGCCCCUGGUAACUGCUGAAACAGAGUAUCAGAAUGUGGGGCC